CAAUCAACUUUCGUCAUUCAUGAUUCAAUAUCAAAUUUUUUAAAGUUUAACUUUAAUUUUCCAAGAUUUAAAUCAAAAGUUUAAUUAUUCAAAGUCAUUUCAAGUUUAAUUUUGUGUUCUAAUUGCUACUUGUGCUUCGAAAAGUUCCAAGUCAGCAUAGUUGUUCUAAUCGUACUAUGUCUUUUCGUGAUCGUGAUAAAUCAAAUUUAAAGGAUUACUUACGAAAUAAUUCGGGCAGCAAGUUGAUCGACGAGAUUAAAAAAGACUUUGAAAAUAAUAAGAAAGCCUGGUUCGAUACUAGUCCUUUUAGACGGGACGGUUUUCCAUCGUUCAAAAACGAAGACAUCUUCGGUAAGAAAUCCGAUCCCGGUAUAAAAUCACAUCUCGAAGACUUGGCCAAAAAACACCCAGAAUUUGCUGGCGAUUUGCAACGUCCCCUAUGGGAAGAACCGUUGAACACGAACUGGGAUAACGCUUUCACAAUACCAGUCUCGGUGGAAAAACUGAUCGCCGACUACGAUAAGCCGAGCAGCUCUCAGCAAAGUGCUCCACCGCAACCGGAAACCGAACUAGACGGUCAACAGGCAGCUGCUCCCGAAGCAUCGAACAGCAGCGUCGAGUCCAGCAGUCAGGAAACUAUGAACGAACAUCAAGAUCCAAAAGAGCCUAAAAGAUACGUGUCGAAAAUAGAAAUGACUCCGGUCAACCCGUACGAAGAGUCGACUUCCGAACAAGGUAAACAAUCGCAACCCGGUACACCGAACUCGGCCCGGAAGCAGCCCACCGUAAGGCAUAUUCCUAUCUUCGUCGAAGGACGAUCCGAGCCUGUAUUACCGAAAAACGCAGCUGGUAACUUUCAAUCUACCAAUCAGUUCCCUGCUCAGCACGAGCAGACGAAUCCUAUCAAAAGGAAAUUCGAUAACACCAACGAACACAGUCAUCAGAGGCAAGAAGUACCUCUUCAGUCGCAGCCGAUCCCGGUACAUAUAGAGAAAACUAAUAAAUCUGGUAAAUCGACUCCGACUCCGGCUCCACCAACUGCCGAACCGGAACCACCUAAACAGGCUGAGAAACCGCAUCCACCGCCACCGGUUCAAAAACUAGAUCCUAUGUCUAGAAUCGAGCAAGUCCGCAAUGAUGUCGAAGAGUUGGCGACCGAAGUGGAGAAAUUCGCCGGUACCUCGCGUACUGAUAAAGAGUACUUAUAUUUAGAUGAAAUGCUUACUAGAAAUCUAAUCAAAUUAGACCUCGUCGAAGUCGAAGGCAACGAAACCCUAAGAGUUGCUCGUAAAGAUGUCAUUAGAUCUAUUCAAAAAGCUAUCUCGUGCUUGGAAAGCAAAGUACCAAUACCCGCAGAUCAACAAAAUCAAGACGAAGACGCCAAUCAAAACGAAUCAUCGGCCGAUCCUAACGCAUCGAUGGAAGUCGAUGAUCAAUCGACACAGCAGAAUGAUCCUCAGAAUCAAAACAACGACGGAGGUGGUCAAUCCAAGUAGUACAUCGAGGAUAUCCUAGGUAUCUUAUUACGCCCUCCAUCAGACCCGAUUUUGAAGCUUUUUUUUCUAUCGAGCACGCACCAUUGUGCGUAUUAUAUUUUUUUUAUAUAAGAAAGAGUAUUUUGAUUUUUGAAGAAUUCAUUUUUUGCAGAUAGCCAAUGUAACAUUUUCUUUUUACGUUAACUAAAAAUACAGUCUUACAAUACGACUCACCUUCAAAUAUUAUAUCUCCUUUUAAAAUUAAUACCGUAAUAAUUUUCGCGUUUCUUCGAAGAUUGUUUAUUUUUUCCCUUUCUUUAUUCUGUUUUUUUGUAUGUACAUACACAUUAUAUAAUUACGAUUGUU